UCUUAUUACACAUAAGUUUGUGAUGAUAGAAGCUUCUCAAGUUGAAGAUCAAAUUUAACUGAAUUUUUUUUUGAAGAUCGAGUUCCAGCAGGAGAAUCUUACUGUUUGUUAACACUGGGUAACAGAAAAGGGGCAAGGAUUAUGGCAUUAACUUACAUCAGAUCAUUGAGAAACGUUAACUUUCACGAGGCUAUUCAAAUAGGAGGCUGCAGAACAUUUGCUGUUGGUGGUAAAAAGAAGGGAGGAAAAGGUGGUGCAGCUGGAGAUGGUCCAAAGGCAUCAACAAUUAGCAAGGAAGUCAAGGCCAGUACAGUAGUCGGGGCGAACAUUCUCAAAGAUGGAGCCGAUCCAAAAGUGUUGCCCGACUCAGAAUACCCUGAUUGGCUUUGGCACCUCCUGGAUAAACGCCCGGCACUUAGUGAACUGAGAAGGAAAAAUCUCGAGUCUCUCCCUUACGAUGACCUCAAACGUUUUGUCAAGCUGGAUACCCGAGCUCGGAUCAAGGAAAACAACUCUGUUAGGGCCAAGAACUGAAAUUUCUGCCAGAACUGGUGUAUGUUCUGGAGACUAUUUUCACCUGGGACUAUAAGUUGGUCUGUUGUGACACAAUGCAAUAUUUAGAAUUUAGCUGCAGUUUUUUACUCUUGAUUUCCUUAAGUUCCUGUUACUAGUUUGAACAUGAUUGAGCUCUUGGUUAACGGAAUUUCGAUAUUUUUUGUCGUCAGCUCA